GAUUUAAACACGGCCCCACCAUAAAAGCGAGCUUGUAUCUAGAAACAACGCGCUUUUUCCACGCAUACAUUUUAAUGUUCCGUGAGCGUAAUGGUCGCACCGACCAAUCAUUAAUGGUGCUCCGUUCUGAACCUUAUUACGAAGCUCCGAUGAGAACUCACCGAUGGAAUUCUUUCAAGAGAUAUAAAACAGAAUAACCGACGUUCUUAUUUACCUCAAGUUGUAUCCUUCGAGCUUCUGCUGAGAGAACAGUUUCUGAGAUCGUUAUACGAUGGGUGAUCACGCACCAACGGAGGUGAAGCGAUCAUCGAGGGCUUCGACCAGGAGUUCUUCUGCCGAGUAUCUAGAUGCUGAAGAGAGUCAACUCAUCUGGUGCUCCCAUAUCUUCAAUGGUAUCCUCUUUUGUGCAGGGCUCGGUGCUAUAUGUGUAUGUUUGUGGGUAUGGAUCGAGCUUUCAAACUACGAGUCACGUGAUGGCAUCAUCGCUCUGAUUGGUCCACUCUAUUACGUAGCUAACUUCACUCCACUUGCCGAGGGUGGCGCCAUUUUCUUCAUCAUAGCCGUAGGCGCCAUAGGACUCUGUUUCAAGUCACGCCGUACACUCGUUUGGUAUUUCGGAAUGCUGUUUCUCUUAUGUACCCUGUCACUGGUCAUUGCAAUAAUAUCUUUUACUUUAUAUUUUGAGUUGAGUGAUACCCUCCAAACGUCGAUGUCAGAUAAAAUCGAAUCUCAAUAUGACACGUCAGGCAUGGAAGAUAUUACGCAAUACAUUGAUGUUAUACAGAGAGAGUUCCAUUGUUGUGGGUCAAAAGGAUACGAUGACUGGCUAUCAUCGACAUGGAUACAAACAAACUCGGGUCAGGGUCAGAUCCCAUUAGCAUGCUGCGUUGAAACUAAUGUGACAUCGUCAUCAACGACGUCAUCGUCAUCAUCAACGUCAUCAUCGUCGCCGUCGUCUAUGAUUAUCAAUGAAACUGCAUGUACAAACAGAAGUGGCGAUGUAAACCUGUUUCCAAAUAUGUACAUGUACCCAAGGGGAUGUCAUACGUUAAUCGAAGCUCCUGUCGCAUUACCAAUCCUGAUAUUGGGCGGUAUAAGUGCAGCUCUUUUCCUUAUUCAACUCAUAAGCCUUCUCGCCGUGAUCAACCUCUUAAAGAAGAUGGGGCCGAGAUCGCCGGCCCAGAUGAAGUUCAGCGAAACGGACACAGCACGUGCGACGCUGGACAAACUGGACUACUGGCUGGACAGGGAGACCGAGGAGAUCAAACGACAGAGCGCGAAGAGGAAGAAAAGGGAGGCGAAGAGGAGUCCGAAAUCCUGAGUCGCCAAGACAUUAAUAAACAAUCGAACAGUACUACGACGAACUAUUUAAAAGAUAAAAGGGCGUUGGAUGCUGAACGGGGCGUUGUGGCGUGCGCCUGUAAUCCAGCUAAUAAUGGAACUUACAAACUGAUUCAGCCGAGUGAGCCGACGACGCAGGUUCGAAACUGAGUCACGUCUUUAGGAUGGUAACGUUGAAGGUCGGUCUCCAGACGUAAAUAAUCAUAUCUGAUGAUACACGUCUGUGAAAAUUACACACCCACACAUUGCUAAACAGUAAUCAUUUGUAAUGCGUCAUCGAUAUGCAUACCAGAAAAUUAUGCAUGCAAAGGGGUUGUUGUUUCGGACUAAUUCAACCCGGUGGCCGAUUGUGGCGCUCAAGGCAAUAGCAGUUACAUAUGAUUUGCUGAGAUUCAUCCAUUCGGGUAUCCAUUCGCUACACAUGGGUUGAGAGCAACAGGUGUAGAUAAAGUGAAUUCGAAACAGUGAGUAGCAAGUUGAUGAUCAUGAUGAUGUGUGAGAUAUAAAGCGCCAUUAGCGUCAGAACUUCGCGCAACCGG